AUGCGCAGCCUCGCAAGCCUAGCGCUGCUUCCUCUGGCAGCGGCCGUGCCACACGUCUCUCCCGCAUCCGAUUCGGGAGCUACUUACGAUUAUAUCGUCGUUGGAGGUGGAACCAGUGGACUGGUGGUUGCAAAUCGCCUCUCUGAGCUCAAAGACAUCAACGUUCUCGUUAUCGAAGCUGGAGGAUCCGCAUACAGCAACCCGAAUGUAACCGACACGGCUGGAUACGGAAAGGCUUUCGGUACUGAAAUAGACUGGGCCUAUCAAACAACCGACCAGGAAUAUGCCGAGGGCAACCGCCAAACAGUGCGGGCUGGAAAGGCGCUGGGAGGUACAUCACUCAUCAACGGCAUGGUCUAUCUUCGCGCCCAGACUGCUCAGAUAGAUGCAUGGGAGGCUAUUGGCAACAAGGGCUGGAACUGGAAGAGCCUGUUUCCUUACUACAAGAAGGGCGAAGGCUUCCAGGUGCCCACUGAUUACCCCUGGCUGGAGGGAUCGGGUGUUGCCUAUGACCCUGCUUACCAUGGCUACGAUGGGCCCUUGAAGGUCGGCUGGUCUGAGGACCAACUGAAAGAUGGACUUGCUCAAAAGAUGAACUCCACGUACCAGAACCUGAGUCCCGAAGUUCCAUACAACAAGGAUCCCAAUGGUGGCCAGAUGAUCGGAUACUCUCUUUACCCUAAGACGGUCGACUCGAAGUUGAACAUUCGUGAAGAUGCUGCUCGUGCAUAUUAUUAUCCCUACAAGUCACGAAGCAACCUUCAUGUGUGGCUUAACACCAAUGCCAAUAAGCUCACCUGGAAGGAUGGUGAAGAUGCUACUGCUGAUGGUGUCGAGGUUACUUUGACCAAUGGAACGACCACUGUCGUCAAGGCCUCUCGCGAGGUUAUUCUGGCUGCUGGUGCAUUGAAGUCUCCACUCUUGCUUGAAUUGUCGGGCGUUGGAAACCCCGAUGUCCUAUCCAAGUACGAGAUCGAGACCAAGGUCAACCUGCCGACAGUCGGCGAGAACCUGCAAGACCAGAUGAACAAUGGCCUUGCCUACGACUCGAAAACAAGCUACUCCAAGUCUGCCGACUACGUUGCUUAUCCUUCGGCCAAUCAGCUCUUCUCCAACGCCACUGCUAUCGGCAGCGACCUCCUUGCUAAAAUCCCCGAGUAUGCUGCCCAGGUCGCGUCCGCUAAUGGCAACAUCACCAAGGCGAAGGACAUUGAGCGCUUCUUCAAGAUUCAGUGGGAUUUGAUUUUCAAGGCUCACAUUCCCGUCGCCGAGAUCCUGCUUGAGCCGUUUGGAACUACAUACGACACCGAGUACUGGGGUUCUGUGCCCUUCUCGCGUGGCAAUGUACACAUCUCGUCUGCCGACCCGACUGCUGCCGCCUCUAUCGACCCCAAGUACUUUAUGCUGGACUUUGAUCUCCAUGCCCAGAUUGAGGCUGCUCGCUUCAUCCGCAAGGUUUUCCAAACCGAGCCUUUUGCCAGCAUGGCUGGCUCCGAGACUAGUCCUGGUCUGUCUUCGGUCGCUGCCGAUGCCAAUGACCAGGGAUGGUCCUCUUUCAUCAAGAACAACUUCCGAUCCAACUUCCACCCCAUCAGCACAACUGCUAUGAUGCCGAAGGAAAUCGGUGGCGUUGUUGACACCUCUUUGAAGGUUUACGGAGUUUCUAAUGUCCGUGUUGUUGACGCCUCUGUGAUGCCUUUCCAAGUCUGCGGACACCUUCAGAGUACAGUCUAUGCAGUUGCGGAGCGCGCCGCCGAUAUCAUCAAGGCUCAGAUCUAG